GACAGUGUGCAUUCUCGACUCGGCUCGCUGAGUCGCCGGUCAGUGGUGUUCGUUUAAUAACGCGAGAUACAGCGUACGGUGAAUGUCGUAGCUUAUUUUUCUUCCACGCCGAGAUCUCACUUCACGGGAGAGCCAGUUUCGUUGUUGCUCAGCUAGGACGAUGUUUUACAUACUGUGGAGGGCACUGAAGCGCGGCGCGCAGACAACUUCCACUGCCAACGAUGCCUCGAAGAAUCAAACUCCACCGACGCUCCUCUCGAGUCUUAGGAGCGUACUCUUCGUUAUCGGGACUGUGGUGAUCGGAUUCGCCGCUUUCUGCAAUUCGUUGACAUGGCAUUUGCAAAGAUUUUGGGGCGCAUCCGGCGAUUUCUGGCAGGCCCAGUGGGACAAGAUCUUGGACAGAUUCGGAGAUGGUUCCGUUACCUUGUGGGUUUAUGGGUCCUGGUUGCUGAUGAUAGUCGUCUACUGGAUGGUCGGUGGGAUUUACACCAUCCUAGACAUCACCAAUCGGCCGGCGGCACUGCGCAGAUACAAAAUACAACCGGGCACGAACGAGCCGGUCGACAAGAGGAAGUUAUGCAAAGUGAUCGGUCAAGUGCUAUUCAAUCAGACUAUUGUCGGGUUUCCCGUUAUCUAUGUGAGUUAUUACAUCAUGGAAUGGCGCGGUUUCCCCCCGGUGCGCGAGCUGCCGACCUUCCACUGGGUGCUCGCCGAGAUCGCGAUUCACAUAUUAUGCGAGGAGAUUGGCUUUUAUUACUCGCACAGAUUUCUCCACAAGGGCACUCUGUACAAGUACAUACAUAAGCAGCAUCAUGAGUGGACCGCACCCGUAGCCGUCACCGCGAUGUAUUGCCAUCCUCUGGAGAACAUAGGCUCGAAUUUACUUCCGCCCUUCCUCGGCGUGUUCCUCAUGGGCUCCCACGUGGCUACCGCCUGGCUCUGGUUCUCGCUCGCGAUUCUUUCGACGUUGAACGCACACUCCGGCUAUCACCUACCGUUCCUCCCGUCGCCGGAGGCACACGAUUUUCAUCAUUUAAAAUUCAACCAAUGCUACGGUGUGCUAGGAGUUCUGGACCGCAUCCACGGCACCGACACGCAAUUCCGCAACUCGCGAAGUUACGUGCGUCACGUGAUGAUGCUCAGCCUCGUGCCGCUGAGGGAGAUCUUCCCGGACGAGGCGAAGUACAAAUCAAAGUAGAACAGUCGCUCGGCGAGCCGCGCGAAAGUCAUCGGGGGAAUCUCCGGAGGGAGAAAUUUUCCGUGAGGUGCAACGUAAUUCUCCGCAUUAGCGACCAAGUUCGAGAACGCGGUGGAGGGAAUCGUGAAUUUAAUCGAUUUUGCUUCCGGUCCGAUGUAUAUAUGAUCGGUGCAAACUUUGAUAAAAUCGGAUAAAUUUCAGCGGACGCACAAUCACGUUUACGUCAUUCUUCUAACCGGUCGUCAGUUCUUCUUCUUUUCGUGCUACUCUGUCGAAUACUUGAUACAUUUAUUUUCUUUUUUUCUUAGGGUUUCUCUCUCGUUUAUCUUCUGUUCGCUAUGGCGUCGAAAUUUAAUACCUCCUAGUUUGUCGUGAAGUUUGUUGUCCAAGAGUAUAUGAGCAACUUAUACCGGUUAGAUGACUGUCGUAAGCAACUCUAUUGUCCGCUCACUGACCUGGUGUGAUAAUGAUUGUAUAUAUAAAUGCUACGCAAGGUUGGACUGAGUAGAGAAAGUAUCGGGAAAGUGCCGGAGGGAAAUUCGUAAAAUUGAUGACAGAGAGUGCCUUAUAUUUUACUUCGGAUAUAGCAGAAUGAGGCUUUCAUUGUCUGCAUAUUGAUCGAUUUUUAACGAGCGCGUCCUCUUUUCUCCAGUCCUUUUAAAAUAGCCCUCGAUUUUCAUUCAUUUUUUUGUCUACAUGCGUUUACUCGUGUGUGUACGUAUUGCUCCAUUAAAGGUAACGAAAUUGCAUUCUUGAAAUUAUACGCAUGUAUAAUUACUUCCAUUAAAUUGUCCUCCGAUAAUUAUUUCUCGGAUUUUUCUUUCAGUUCAAUCUUGAUUCAUAUUUUUUCUAUAAUAUUUUUAGCAUCGAUGUUAAAGGUGAUAUGUGUAUUUAAGCUAUACAUUCAUGCACAAGUUUUUACGUUAAUUUUAGUAGACUGGUAAUAUGUUAUAUAUAUAUGAAUUUGUAAGUAGAUGCACACGAUACAAACACACGCGUGCGCACACAUAUACACUACACACGAUGUACACA